ACACAUACCAUUUUAAGAAAUGCAAUGUACUGCAAUUCACUGAACCACAAAAUAUCAACCAACAACUGAGGCUGCUACCAUGUUAGUGGCAUUGUGCAAGAAACACUUAACUCACCGAAAAAUUUCACACCAAACUCAACAGAAACUUGAACUAUAUAAAAUGCAGCCACUCCCUUCUAGUUUCAAACACAAAAACCUAUCUCAAUAUUCAAUAGUCUUGUAAACAAAAUGGCUUACAAAGCUUCCACUUUCCUUGCACUAAUUCUCAUCACAAAUAUUAUGCUUAGUACUACUUGUCAAGCACGCAAUAGUAUUCCGAAAAACUCAAAUACCGAUGAAAAGAAAGAGCCUCAGUGGUUUUUCCAUUUUGAUGGGAUUCCAGGCUUCGGCAGAGUAGGAUUCCCGCCUUUGUUUGGUUCUACACCUCAAAAUCCGUACAACGGCGGCGGGGGACAAGGAGCCGGAUCAGAAUCAGGACCAGGAUCAGCACCAGCUCGUGGCCGUUAUGUUCCAGGUGGUGAUGACACCUUUAUCCCUAAUCCUGGUGUUGAGGUUCCAAUUCCUGGCAGUGGUGGUGUUGUUCCAGUUCCAGCUGCAGUUCAUCCUUGAAUUAACUCAGUUAUGAGCCAUCAUGCAUUAUUUUACUAAUUAGACCUAGUUUCUAAGCCUUGUUAUGCUUUUGACCAAUUUAAGCACCCAUGAAUAAGUGUUCAGAGUACACUAUCUGUUACAUGGUAUGCAAAGCCAUUGUGUUAUUUACUUUAAGAUUAAUUAUGUAUGAUGUAAGCUCUAAUGUGUGUAGCCCUAUAAUUAAAUUUACUCUUACAAUUUCAAUUCAUAGUACAUCUUCUAUAUAAAAACUAUGAACACUGGCUCA